AUGAUCAUGGCAAAUAUAACUACAAUGAAUGGAUUCCUCCUCAUGGGGUUUUCUGACAUUCGAGAGCUACAGAUUUUACAUGGUUUGCUGUUCUUGGCAGUGUACCUGUUAACUUUAGCAGGUAACCUCAUCAUUGUCAUCGUCACAACUGUAGACCAGCAUCUCCAAGCACCAAUGUAUUACUUCUUAAAACAUCUUUCCUUCCUGGACCUUUCCUUCAUUUCUGUCACGGUUCCACAAUCCAUUAACAAUUCUCUGAUGGAUAUUGGUUAUAUUUCUCAAGGUCAGUGCAUACUUCAGGUUUUCUUUUUCACAUCUUUGGGUUGGUCUGAGUUUUCCAUUCUCACUGUGAUGUCUUAUGAUCGUUAUGCAGCCAUCUGCUUCCCACUGCACUACGAGGUCAUCAUGAAUCCUAAUAAGUGCAAAUGGGCUGUGAUAGUUGUAUGGCUAAGUGGAAGCAUCUGUGGAAUCUUGUACAUAACAACCACAUUCUCCAUCACAUUCUGUAAGGACAAAAUAAUUCACCAGUUCUUCUGUGAUGUCUCCCAGUUGCUAAAGCUCUCCUGCUCCAAUGAUUACCUUGGAGUGAUUGGAGUGGCAAUUUUCAUAUCUGUGAUGGCAUUCAUGUGCUUCACAUCCAUUGUCUUCUCCUAUAUCCACAUCUUCUCCACAGUUCUAAGAAUCCCCUCUGCUGAAGGCAGGUCCAAGGCCUUCUCUACCUGCCUGCCUCACCUCUUUGUUGUCUCCUUUUAUCUCUCCACAGGUGCUUUUGCAUUUCUAAAACCAACUUCAGAUUCUCCAACUGCUUUUGACCUUAUGAUUUCUAUCUUUUAUACAGUCAUUCCCCCAUCACUCAACCCUAUUAUCUACAGCCUAAGGAGUGAAGCCAUGAAGAAAGCUUUCAGAAAACUACUGUUGGGGGAACAAAUCACCAGGAAACAAACAUUUUUGCCCUGUUGUUGA